AUGGCUGAAGCCGAGAUUGCGACGAAGGCGCCCGAGAGCGAUGCUGCUGCUCCUGUCCAGGAGCCUGUCAUUCCCGGCGACACUCCUGCUCAGACCGGACCAACCAUGGGAGAACACAGCGAACAUUGCGUUUCAGACCGGCCGGCUCCACAUGGCCAAUCCGCUACCGGCGAAAUCAUCCAAAUCAACGACACCGAUGUAUACAUCUCCAAGCCCGCCGACUACCCCCAUGCACAAGCUCGCUUCUUGCUCCUCCUUACAGGUGGUACGGGCGUUCACUCGACAAACAACCAGAUUCAGGCCGACAAGUUUGCCAGCGAGGGCUUCCUUGUGGCUAUGCCUGACAUCUUCAACAAAGAUCCGGCGCCGACGUCUUCCACCUUUGAUGUCGAGCAGAGCGACUCCUUUCUAGAUACUAUCAAGCUCAAGGUAGCUGAGACCGCCAAAAGCUUCCAGAUUGACAUGUGGCUUGCGCGCCAUACGGAAGAGAAGGUGCUGCCUAUCCUACACCGCGUCAUCGACGGGUGCCGGGAGAAGUACGCUGAUGCCAUCAAGCACGGCGAUGGCAUAUAUGCCGUAGGCUACUGCAUAGGCGGACGCUACAUUCUACUCCUCGGAUCUGACAGCCAGGCCGUAGCACAGAAGCCCGCCGACGAAGAGGCUGGCCAGCUGAAAAAGGGUCCCUCUAUCAAGGUUGGCGCGCUGGCCCACGGCGCAUCUGUGACGCCAGACGACUUCAAGGGGUUAAGAAUUCCUAUCUCACUAGUGUGUGUAGAAGAUGAUCCCCUAUUUCCUGAACAUGUACGCACGUUCGGCGAAGACGCCAUGUCCAAGGCGAACCUUGAGCACGAGGUUCGGGUCUACCCCGGAGUUCCGCAUGGCUUCGCUGUUGCUGGUGAAUACGAAGAUGCAGCCAUUCGAGAGGCACAGGCUACGGCUUACCACCAAAUGUUGAAGUGGGUCCAGGAGCACUAA